GCAUCCUAUUUUCUGUCCAGUGUCGAAGUUGGGAGACUCUUUCAUCUUGUGCUCUGAGGCUGCCAUUCUUUCACUUCUUUGGGGUAGUCCACAUUCAAAGACGCACCCUACGCGGCAUAUCAUGGAAUCUCAAGUCUGCUCUUCCGAGACGGCCCACGAACUUGCAGCAGAGAAAUAUGGGGAGCUUUUCCGACUACUGUUUAUUGGAGACAAGGUCGAGAUCAAGGCGGAUCCCCUCAAGAACCAGACUUCAUAUGGCAAGAAAACAACGACCAUGAGCCGAUUGCUGAAGGACCAUCCAAACACAUACGGCCAAGCUGCACUCGAUGGGCACAUGAAGAGGGUCUUUGCAAAUCACAAGGCUAGGAAGCAAGCAGCUGCCGAAGGCACGGAGCCCCCCGUGCCCCCCGACCUCCCAAGUAAUGACAGCGUCAAGGAACACUAUGCCAUCAGCAAUAUGAUGAGAACAGACGGAGUCCAGCUCCACCUAAUGGCAUUUGACAUACGACGAUGUUGGCAGUCAUCCAAAUUUAAGGCGCGGAUCCCGGAGAUUACAUCGCGAUUUCCUAACAAAGGGUCUCUCGCAAAGGCUUUCGAUCAAGACCUCCAGAAUGUUGUGGGGGUGGGAGUGGACCCCGGCGAAGUAAUUUCAGCAUCAUUUUGUACGCUGGACCUCCGAAAACCGAACCAAGUCACGAACCUGCCUAUCAGACACUCCGCUCUCUACAGUCCCAACUUGUCACUCAGAGCCGCGCUGGAGGCCAAAAAACGCGAACGGACCACUGUCACAAUCAAAGACGAUACAAGAUUAAGCGGGCACACAUGCGAGACGCCUAGCAUAUCCGAAUUAGAAGCCUCGCUACCGUCGUCGUCGUUCGUAAGCAUGGAAGAACACCGGCAUGGCCUCCGACAGUUCAGCUAUGUCCUACAACCACUUCGCGAUUUUUACGGAUCCCGUUCAAUGAAAAAAAAGCUGUGGGAGCUCAAAAAGGCGAACCGGGCUGAGAAGGAUCAUGCCGUGCAUGGGGCAUUGCGAACUGUAGACUCACAAGGCGGGAUGCAUACUGGGCCAACGAGACCAGCAAUGUUUGUAUACGAGCCAGGAAAGUUCAACACUCAUACCAGGCUGGCAUCGCUACACGAGAGCUUCAAGGGGUAUUAUUUCCACAAGGUAUGUAGAUAUUCGUUGCGAUUUGCUUGUUUUCAGUCUAGUAUCGAUACUGAUGCCAUGUUUCCGCAUGUCAUUGCACUACAUAGGCAAACAGCCUCGGGUACACCGCCGUUUGUUCGGAUGAGUAUCUCACGUCAUCGAAACGCCCAAGCUGUGUACGACAAAACAAGGACCGAAGAAUGGCAAAGCCAUCGAAUCGGGCGUUCGUCUGUUUUGAGGAUGGGUGCCAGAGAUGGCUAGACAGGGACUGCGUGGGGCUCAGAAUUUAGCUAAUAUUGGCCUCGAAUGGAUCAGUAGCCUGUCUUGCCCAGAGCCCCUUCGCCGACCCCAGCAAGAAUAACUGUACUGGUCGUAUCAGUUAAUAUUUAUCCUAGGUGGUUGUCUCUCUUUCCAGCUGAGACGGUCUAAGGGAUACAGCCUGUAUUAUUCAUUUUCGUAUAAGUAGCAGCUUAUACCGAUUGCAAAACGGA